AUGGUGGAGAAGGCUCAAAAGAGUGUAAAGAUUGCUCCUGAAGAAGUUGUGUAUGUAGAAAGUGAAAUCUGGGGUGAUGUAACUGUAAGAUCUAGGACAGCGAUCCACUCUAAAGCACAAAUUAUUGCAGAAGCCAAGCCAAUAGUGACUGGUGAAGGUAACCUAACAGAAGAACAGGUGCUUAUCAUAAAUGCUCACCCUGAUAAUAUCACCCCUAAUGCUAAAGACCCAUAACUGAAACCUAUGAUCAUUGGCACCAAUAAUGUGUUUGAAAUUGGCUAUUAUUCCCAAGCCAUGAAAAUGGGAGAUAGUAAUGUUAUUGUAUCAAAAGCAUAUGUGAACAGAAAUGUAAUAUUGACAAGUGGUUGCAUCAUUGCAGUUUGUUGCAACCUGAAUAUGUUUGAGGUCAUCCCUGAGAAUAGAGUGAUCAAUGGUGCAGACUGCCUUUGUGGUGUGCAGACUGAGCAAUCACAGCCCCAAAUACUACAGCUGGAUUUCCUGAUAAAAAUCUUGCCAAACUACCACCACCUAAAGAAGACUAUGAAAGGGAGCUCAACUCCAGUAAUGUGUGAAGACAACAGUGAGAUACCUCCUAAGGACUUGGUGGACAAACCUGUUCAAGAACUAAAAGGGUAUGAUAUGACUCAGCAAAGAUUAGGUACCAUUUUGCCAAGAAUACUGAGGAUCAUUUCGACAACCCCGGGCCCUCCUAAACAUAAGGCGGUAGCAUUCAUUAUGGGCAAUGAUGAUGCCCUCAACCUUACCGCCUGUAAAAUAAGGGUAUGUGUUUCAUACAACCUGCCGGGGAGGAUGAGGAGAAAGGUCUGGCCACGCCACAGCCAAGUGCAACUCAAGGGCCCACGUGGACGCGAUCUUGGCCGCGGUCACAACGCGGGAACUGACCUCCGCGUGGAAAGACAUUUCCAGCCUGGGAGGCACCUCAGGCGGCGGCGGCGGCGGCGGCGGCGGCGGCGGCGGCGGCGGCAACCGCGACCCCAGCAGCAGCAGCAGCAGCAGCAGCAGCGAGCGGCGGGAGCUGGCGGCCUCUGA